UGAUAGGUUCGGUGUUGGUGUUUGGACUCAGUGUGCGCGAGGAGAAUAGUCGACGUGGACCUCGGGUCUGGUCUGGCUAUGGCGGUCACCGCGGCCUGUCCUUGCCAAUGGAGGCAGCAGGUCGGCGCAGCACAUGCCACGUGGCACGUCAGCGGCUCUGCUUCAACGGGCCAAAGUCAGGGUAGCAGGAGAGAAGCAGGAGGAGGAGGAGGAGGAGGAGGAGGAGGAGUAGGAGAAGGAGGAACAGUAGGUGGUGGAGAUGUGAGGGUUUGGCAGGGGAACUCGCGAGCUGUGUGCUGUGGAGCUCGACGGCGAUGGCGGACGAUGACGUGUCAAGCAAGCAGCAGAAGUUAUCACUCAGCUGGCAGCUCAGAGGAACCGGUUAGGUUUGUGACUGCUGCCUCUGCUAUUGGAACGAGGAGGAUUUGGCGGGAAAGGAUAGACAGUAGCGCGGGAAGAAGCAGUAGCGUGGCUAUGGCGGCGCCGCAUUCUGUGCAGGUCUCAUCGUUCAGGUCCUGGAGGCGGGAGAUGAGAGAGAGAGAGAGGAUUGCACCGCGGAUGUCACCAGAUGAAGAGCAGAUGACCAAGCGCUCACCGUUAGACUUCCCCGCUGAAUGGGAGAGGCCGGGUCCCAGCCGCAGACCUGACAUCUUUCCACAGUUCACACCUAUGAAAACGCCACUACCGCAGCCUAUGCCGGGCGACCCUCCAGAGAAAGAAGACGAAGACGAAGAAGAUGACGACGAGGAUCCUGAACCGGAAGAAGAACCGGAACCGGAAGAGUGAACGGAGGCUUAGGUUUGUUCGGUUGAUGUGUGUGGGUGGUGCAAGUCCGAGUGUGUUUGUGUUGCUGUCUGUGCGGUUGUUGUUCAUUUCAAUUCUUUAAGAAAAGGAUUCUUUCCCUUUCUGUGGUCGUAAUUGGAUUAAGUUUUGAAUUGUCAGGCCGGUUGUCGGAAAAUGUAGGGAGAGGAUGGAGGGUCUGGGAGUGGGCAAUCACCUGUUUUUUUUUUUUUUGCUUGCGAGUAUGUGUGUGUGUGGGUCUGAUGAGUUUCUUAGGCCGGCUGUGUUGAGAGUGCACUGAGCGGAUAACCAUAUCUGAGAAAAAGAGCGGGGUCUGUGAACUGUCCACGUGCUGAAGUGGCCGCAGGAGUUUCUGAAGCUAGGUAGAGAGCGGUUGGCUUGCCGACCUGCAUUUCGCUGCGUAAUGAACGAAUGAUCUUGUGGGCGACGGGAGAAGAAAUAUACAGAGUAAGGGAGGGCGGGCAGGCCAGUGCCCAGGUGCAAUCUUGUUUGGCUUGGGAAAUCAAGUACUCUCUCUUUCUCUGUCUCUGUCUCUCUCUGUCUCUCUCUGUCUCUCUCUGUCUCUCUCUGUCUGUCUCUGUCUCUCUCUGUCUCUCUCUGUCUGUCUCUGUCUCUGUCUCUGUCUCUGUCUC